AUGAUUGAUACUGGUGCUACUCAUACCUUAAUUACUCGUUCCCUUCUUGAUACUCUUCCUGAUGUCCCAUUCACCAAAACCACUUCGGUUUCUGCUUUGCUUGGAGAUGCCUCCACUGCGCUUUGUGUUCAUGGUGUUGCUCAAUUAUGUAUAUAUGUUAACCAUAUUCCUACGUUCAUUUCUGCUUAUGUGGUUGAUUCUUUGGGUAUUAAUUUGAUUCUUGGGAUGGAUUGGUGUCGCACAUAUGAUGUGCAAAUCCGUAUUCGUCACCAGAAACUUUGUCUUCGUCAUUCUCACUAUGGUUCGACUUCAGUUUCGUUUCUUCAUAAUGCUUCUCUUCCGGCUCGCCUUGCACAUCCUGUUCAACUCCAACCUUUACAUGAACAUGUUGUGCAACUAACUGCUCCAUUAUCAUCUGCUCUUCAGGUCAUAUUUACUCCUGCUCCUACUUUCUGUCAACGCAAACACCUGCUUAUUCCCGAUGCUGUUGUACGUAUAAAUCAGUUUCAUACUACGCUUCUUGUUUCUAACCUUGCCACUACUUCUUGUUUUUUACGUGAAAAUGUUGUUCUUGGUACUUUUACCUUCUUCUCUUCUUCUCCAGCUGCCAUCAAUCUUACUUCCUUCUGCUCUUCACCGCCUCUUUCUUCUUCUCCUCAUUUUCCCUCAAUUUCUGCUAUUUCUCUUUCCGAUACAGAAUCUGUCAUUGAUGAAUUAUUAGAUCCGCUUCCUGAUGAUGCAACCCGUCAGACUUUUAAACCUAUUCUUCAAAAACAUCGUCGUGCCUUUGACCUUUCCACACAUAGUAUUGCUGAUACUACUAUACCCCACGUUAUCAUCACCGGCGACCAUCCACCAGUCAGUGCUCGUCCUUACUAUCGCACUAUUGAGCAGCGUAAAGAACUACAACAUGAGGUUGACAAGAUGCUCCUUGAUAAUAUCAUUCGCCCUUCUACUUCUCCGUGGUCCUCACCUGUCAUUUUGAAGAAGAAACCUGACGGUUCCUUUCGUUUUCUAGUUGACUUUCGACGCCUAAAUGCUAUAACUAAAAAAGAUGCGUAUCCUCAACCAUCUGCUGAGGAGUUAAUCUAUCGUCUAUCCGGUCACAGUUUUUUCACUAAACUAGACUUGAAGAGUGGUUACUUUCAGAUUCCCAUCGCACCUGGCGAUCGUGAGAAGACUGCCUUUGUCACGCCUGACGGUCACUAUGAAUUUAACGUUCUUGCACAAGGUCUAACUAAUGCCCCCGCUAGUUUUCAACGUGUGAUGAAUAACCUACUUGCCACAGGUCGUUGGGACUAUGUGGUUGUCUAUCUCGAUGAUAUCGUCAUUUUCUCUCAUUCUCUGGAAGAACACGCUAAACAUGUUGAUGAGAUCUUGUCCAUACUCAACAAUGCGCAUUUUAGAGUUUCUCCCUCGAAAUGUACUAUAGCUGCACGUCAAAUAGAGUUUCUCGGACAUUUUGUUUCCGCCUCUAUGGUUGAACCGUCACCGGACAAACUUCAAGCUAUUCUAGAUAUUCCACCACCACGCACCCUUUCACAAGCGAAUCGAUUUCUUGGCAAGAUCGGCUACUAUCGUAAAUUUAUUCCUGAUUUUGCUCGCAUAGCCGCUCCUUUACACAAAGUCACUAAUAAGACUCGUACUAAACGACAUGAAUUCUACUGGCAUGCUGAACAACAACUUGCUUUCGAUCAGUUUAAGCAAAUUCUUACGUCUGCUCCUCUUUUUCUUCAUUUUCCUGAUCCUUCCCUACCUUUUAUACUUUCUACCGAUGCUAGCCUUAUGCGUAUAGCCGGCGUUCUCAAGCAAGAUACUCCUUCCGGUCUUAAGAUCUGUUACUAUAAGUCUCGCUUACUAUCCGCUACUGAGCAACGCUAUUCCACUACCGAACGUGAAGCCCUUGCUAUCUGCUGGUGUUUAGAUCAGCUCCGCUCUUGUAUUGGUACUUCAUCUAUCACUAUUGAAACUGAUCAUCAACCUCUAGCGAAUAUGCAUAAGAAGUAUUCAUUUCGUAAUAAACGCAUUGACAACUGGUUGCUUAAACUACAGGAUCUUCUACCGCAGAUUCUUUCUAUCAAAUAUCGCAAAGGUAUCGAUAAUGUAGGUCCAGACUUUCUCACUCGCUACGAACCUUCCUCGUCUUCUUCCUCACCUCCUUCUGCUACCCCUCUUCCUCCGCGAUCUUCUACUACACUUUCCGAUUCUAGCUGGCCUCCAGGUACAGAAUCCUGGAACACCAUCGUUGUUUCACCUGUUGUUACUCGUUCCAAAACUCGUUCGCAUUCUACUCACACUACUUCUGCACCGAUUCCACCACCUGUUGGUGCUCUCACCUCAACCGAUCUUUCUACUUCUUCUACCAACUCGCCUACCAUUUCCCCUGAUAUUUCGCUCGAUCUCAGUCUUUCUCGUAUUAAAACUGCUCAACAUUCUCAUCCUGAGAUUCUGUCUCUUAUUCAACAUCUGCGUCAGAUUCCUUCUCAUCCACAGUAUAUUUUACACGAUGAUAUUUUGUUCCGUCUCGUUUCUCGUUCCGCUUCUAACGGUCCUUCUCGAAUUCCUUACCUUCCGGAGUCUCUCAUUCCAUUGGUGCUUCGUCUCUAUCAUGAUCAUCCGACUAGUGGUCAUUUUGGUGUACAUCGCACUUUUUUGCGUAUUCGUGAUAAAUUUUGGUGGCCUAAUAUGCGUUCUAGCAUUCAGAAUUACAUUGCUUCUUGUUAUUCUUGUGCUCGGCAUAAUAUUCUUCGCGCUAAGCCUCCCGGCCACCUCCGUUCGAUUGAUCCACCAUCGGGUGUUUUCCAGCUACUGCAUCUGGACUUUUGGGGGCCUGUUCAAACACCUUCUGCUUCUGGUAAUCGCUAUGUCAUUGUUCUCACUGACAACUUGUCUAAAUAUGUGAUCGCUCAGGCUCUCCCUGAUUGUACUGCACGUUCCGCUGCUCAGUUUCUCAUUGACCGUUUUAUUCUUCUACAUGGUUCUCCCGAACGAAUACUUACUGAUAAUGGUACACAUUUUAACAACACUCUUCUACGUGCCAUCACUACCUCUAUGCAGAUCCCGCAUUCUUUUUCUGUCGCUUAUCAUCCCCAGACUAAUGGACAAGUUGAGCGGUUUAACGCCACCUUUGCUGCUCAACUUGCCAAAUACUGUCAUCCUAAUCGUCACGAUUGGGAUCUUUAUCUCCCCUCUAUCGUUUAUGCGUAUAAUACCAGAAUCCAUUCUACUACUGAACUUAUGCCUUAUGAAGUCGCGUUUGGUCGUUGUCCUAAAAGUCCAUUCGAGGCUGCUUCACCGCGCUCGAUCUUCCUCCUCUCCAUUCUUUCUACCCGUAUCUACAACUCUCACUGGAAACAACGUUAUAAUCGCAAUCGUCAGGAUCCAUCUUAUAGCGUAGGCGAUCGUGUCUAUUUGAAUGUAGCUACUGGUCGCACUAAACUUGAUGCACGUCGUUCAGGUCCAUAUACCAUUCUUGAUAUUUCCGGUACUCAGACUUAUCUCGUUCAUGAUCCGUCUUCUGGUUACAGCUCAUGGUGUCAUAUAAACAUUGUCAAUUCGAUGGCCGCCUCCUUACAAGCACAUUCUCGUCAAUUCCACUCGUCCUGGCGUGACUACUGCGUUCUCUAUCUCAUGGUAGUUGUCAAUGGCCUUCUUGCACUCACUUGCUGCGGUUUGGUUUUCUUCUGUUUUUACCGUCGUAUUCUCGUUCGUUUACAACGUGCUCCAGCACCACCCCGUGGCAUUCUCACAUGA